AUGCCUUUGGCUUCCAGCUGGUUUUCGGCUCAGCUCCCUUUUCCAAGCGUGCACAUCCGCCGACAAGACGUCAGACCAGGUGACUACCCACAUCAGAACCUCGAGAAAGGCAGGAGGAUGGAUGCGGGAGCGGCCAAGUACUUGGAGGAGAAUGUGGGCGGCGUCCUGGCCAAGGCGCUGGCAGAGAUGACGGUGGUACAGCCCAAGGACGGGGUGGACUUCCUCUCCAAGUGGCUGGCGCAGUAUGCCGAACUGGAGGAGGCCAAGACAGUGAAAGCACAAGUUGAACAAGACUUAGCAAAGAUGAGAGCUCAGACAAGGGAGAAGCUGGCUGCCAAGGAGGCUGAAAGGCAGACGAAGCAGGCCGAGGUGCAGAAGCUCGAGGCGCUGUACACUGGCCUCUUCGAGAAGUUCAACAGCGAAGAGACCGUUUUUGAGGACAAGUUCUGGCAAGAGCUGGUGACUGUGGCGCAGUCCACAGCGGGUGCUUCCGCGGUGUACUUGGGCGUUCUGGAGCAGGGCGAGGAGGGUAGCGAGAUCACGGGCCCCCACAUCAGUUACGAGUAUGCCUCCAAGGGCUCUGAAUGGAUGACCGAGAAGGUCCUGCCCGAGGGCAAAGGUGUGACCUGGGGCGCGCUGACGGAAAACCCGGCGGAGGAGAGCUUCAAGGAGAUGUGCUUAUGGAAGCCACCCAGCGUCGAGCCCGUGGUGGAGACCGAAGAUGGUGCGGAGCCUGAGAAGCCCAGCAGCCCUUACUACCCGGUGAGCGUGGAGUGUGUCACGGAUGUGGCGAGCAUGCACUACUUCCACAUGACACGCCUGGGUGCCUAUUUGGCCAUCCCCCUCGUUUACCAGUCCUACUACAAUGGUGAUGCCUAUGCUGAUGCUAAGACCUACGAAGAGGAAAAGAAGGCGGAAGCGAUCAGGCGUGCGGAAGAGGAGGCGGCACGCCAGGCGGCCAUCGACGCAGGCGAGGAGGUGCCCGAGGCUGGCGAGCCACCGGAGGAGAAGCCGCUGACGAUGCGUGGCACCGAUGUGAAGAUGGUCCUUUGUUUGGACACCUUGGGCACCAACACAGCCUUCGAGGAGGGCAACGCCAUGAAGAUCUUGGAGCUGGCGAAGGCCUGUAGCCAGUGCAAAUCGAAGACCGAGUUCAAGCAGGUGGACAACCAGGUGCUCUCGGUCAUCGAUGAGACCCACCGUAACGAAAUCGACGAGAAGGUGGUGGAGGUCGCCGACCAGGUGGAGCAGGGCUUCAUGGAACAGUUGGAAGCGGAACAGGCGGAAGCGGAGGAUGAGCUGAAGAAGGAGCUCAUCCAGAAGAAGUUUGCCUUCCUAAAGGCUUUGCAGGUGGCGAAGGAGAUGCACCAGCUGAUUGGUGGCUUAACCAGCUGGGUCUACACCACCAGUGAUGUCAUGAACGUGGUGGCCGCUUUGGCGUACUUUGCGGGCUAUUCCAAAAAGGACAUCUAUCCAAGGAGGAAAUCGACCAUGGACUGGCAGAAGCUCAAGACGCUCCUGAAUGAUCCGCUAGUUCUUUUGGAGAAGGUGGUGAAGAAGGAGGUUGAAGGGCCAAAGAAGGACGUGCCUCCAGAGCAUCUCCACAACUUUAUCUUGCAGAUGGCCUCGCCUGCAGAGAUGGAUGCGGAGAAAGCUAAGGAGAUCUCCCCGGCCUUCCAGCUGCUUUACAAUCUGGUUCAGGCAGGAUGCGCCUAUCGGAAUGCAGACCUGGAGCUGCGGAAGGCGGAGUUCAACAAGAAAAAGGAGGAAGCUGGAGAGGAAUAUGAGGGCCCGGCCCUUGAAGAUCUGGACGAUGACUUCAAAGAGACCGCCUAG